AUGGGAGGACAGCAGAUAAUAGACGACGCAUCGCCCAAGCACCCGCACGAGGGCCUGGUUUCCCUGGAACAGAUAUGGGAUGCGGCCGCCAUGGAGUUCGAGACUAUAUGCGGAGAGUCACUGCAAAAGGGCGAAGUCAAGAGUCUCGACGACGUGCAAGUCAAGAUCCAAAGCGUCAACCAGGGGCUACAAGAUGCCGACAAAGAACAGAAUGCGAAAUGGGAAAAGGCAAAGAGCGUGGGCCUCGAGUCGCUCAAGUACCUCAGGAUGCUUGUCGGCGCUGCUUCCCAGGCUUCCUCGUUGGUACGUCAACAUCUUGGGGCAGCCAACCUCACCAGCUCUGCUCUCUGCUUCGUCUUCAACAUUCCCGAAAAGAUCAAGGGCUACAACGAGGCUAUCGACCAAGUGUUUGGCGAAGUGGCCUCGGCCCUCUCACAAUUUGAGAUCUACAAGACGAUUAGCAACCCCGAACCCUUGCUCGUUCGGCAGAUUCAUCUGGUUCUGGUCAACUUCGUCAAAGUCUGCGCCCAUGUCGUUAAAUAUCGUCAAAGCCGCAGGCGGGACCGCCUUUUAAAGCAGAUCAAGUCCGUCUUCGACGACGACUCGGAUUUGGCCGGUCAGAUGGCAGAGUUUAGACGUGUUCUGCAGCAUCAGCGCGAUGUUGAGGGGACUCUCACGUUGGCCACAGUCGUGGAGACGCAGCAAGGCAUUACGCUGCUGCAUGAGCAGUCCAACAUCUUCGGCAAGACGGCCCAGGAGACACAUCAAAAAGGGGUGCAGACCCUCACGGACGACCAGGAUCGCAUGAAGGCGCUCAUCAAGAUCCGUGACGCUCUGGGUGUGCCUUCGACGGUGCGCCUCGACACAAACACCACGCAGACGUGCAGCGACAUUAUAGAUAAGCGCAACAGCAAAACAGGGUCGUGGAUCUGGACGCACGAGGCAUACACUGCUUGGACGUCAUCCAAGGACAAAAACAAGGACGGAGACGGAGACGUGCAGCGCCUGCUGCUCGUGACUGGCCCUCCAUCUUCGGGCAAGACUCUCGUCAAUGCCCUCAUCACCAGGAGGCUAGAGGAGCAAAAGGGCCGCACGUACGUUGCGCAUUACUUCUUCCCCACUAGCACCAAGAAAGGAGACAACGAGAAGAACUCCAUCCAGUCGGCGCUGAGGUAUAUGGCCUUUCAGAUCGCGCGAGUUGAUGUCACGGUGCAGAAGGCGCUGAGCAAGGCGUGUGAUGAUGAGCUUGCUGCGUUUCGCCGGUCAGUGAGUGUUGAGAGCCUAGACAGCCUCUGGGAAAGCUUGAAGAUUGGGGCAUUGGGUUCAAACGCGACAUACCACCUCAUCUUCGAUGGCAUCGAAAAUCUGCCCGACGAUCAGGUCAAGAUGUUGCUGGAGUUUGUCUUAAGCCCCCAGCUGGCGAGAGAAGCGAGAGAGCGAGUGCGAGUUCUGUUGAGCGCAACAGACGACCAUCUUGCAGGCUGGAGGGGGGCUGAGAGCGCAUUGCGGAUUCAAAUGGAGGAGCACAACACACCAGACAUGAAAAUAAUCAUCGAAGAGGCGCUCAACCGCCGAGGGAUGCUGCAGAAUCCAAGGCCCAACUCGGACCAGGAGAGAGCGAGAACCAAAAUCCUGGAUAAGCUGCCGCGAAACGUUGAAGGAAGCUACUCACGACUGCAGUUUGGCCUGGAAGACGUGAUUCGCCUAUUGAGCACGCGGACGGCCAUCCGGGAUCUGGACCGGAUGCUGGACCAAUCGAUGAGCAGCCACGAAGCGGCCAUCAAAAACCUGCAGCGAUCUUUGACGGCAGAUGAAAUCAGUGAGCUGAACGAGUUGCUGAAAUGGGUGCUGUUUAGCAACGAGCCUAUGACGCUGGAAAAGCUCGAAGCUGCCAUGUAUCUGUGUACUGACACAGAGUCGCUCGUAUCCAUGGAGUACCUUAUCAAAACCAAAUACUCAGCCGUCCUGAAGCUCGAUUGGGGGUAUGUGUUUGGUCAGGACGGCGUCAAAGAGUACUUGCGCAAGGAUAUGAGCCGGUCAGCGCAGUCCAAGGACCGGGCCAGCAUCAGCAUGACCAUCACCAUCAACAAUGUGGAUCAUGAGCUCUGUGGACACUUCCUCUGGGACCUGGCACACAAGGCAAUCCGGGACAAGUUCAACUUCAAGCUCGACGACGAAGCCUCCAACGCCUUCCAUGGUGGAAGCAGGGCCACCAUCGCUGUGGACGAAUUCGAGGCUCAUCAUACCCUUGUGAGAAGGGCAUUUGAGUACCUGAGUAAGCCCCACAGAGAGCAGACUGAGAAUAUUGGAGCGUACUUUGUCAAAUGGCUGCCGUAUCACCUGAGCCGCCUCCGCCAGCUUGAAGACGACGAUCAAGGGGCGCUUAUGCCGGAAGAGCAGCUCGAGAUUGGGCAUAAUCUAUAUAAACUGUUCAGGAGCGACGAGGUCUUUAGGCAACACAAAUAUAGUUUCCAGCGAGCGAGAUGGAUGGUGGAUGAGAUGAUGGACGUGCAGCAAUGGUUGAGGGACUGGGCAGUUGUGCGGCGACUUGAGAGUAGGUGGCGGGACAAGGCGCGGCAGGCCGUAAGCCCGAUAACAGGCUACCUGAAAGAGCUGGUGAGAGUAGUAGUAGAGGGCUUCCUGAGGGAAAGGAGCUGGGAGGUCGAAGCUGCGUACGGCUGGCUUGAGCAGUUCAUGAAGGCUGACGAAAGAAGGCUCGAGAGCCACAGUGAGCCUUCCAAUGCCGGCGCGGUAGAUGGUAGCGAGGUCGACUGGAGCCAGGUAAGUGCCUGGUGCCGAGACAUCCUGGGGCUUCGCGACUCAGACAUCGACUCGUUGUGGUACGAGCGCCUUGCUGAGGCGUCGACCUCGCAAAGUAGCAAGCCAGAGGAUACCAUAUCCCUUUACCAGCACGCCAUUCAGGAGGAAGAUCCCAGCUGGCUGUGCUACCAAGGGUUGGCGAAGGCAUAUUAUGACUUCGGUGAGACCGAGGAGGCCAUUGCUCAGAUGGAACUGGCGCUGGAAUCCGCGAAACGAGAAGAUGCUGCACCGAGGCCGGGACCAGCGGACAUUGUCCGUCUACACUUAUUGUUAGGACAGUACGCGUCUGAAGAUGGUGACAUAAAAAAAGCGGACCAGCAUUACUCGAUCGCAUGCGAGAGCGAUGAUGUGUCCCAAAGAAUGGAGGGGAAGCUAGGUUGUCUAAAGGCGAGACUACGCAACGAGAGCGCAGAGGAGGUGAGGCAGUGGCUCAAAAGUGCACUGGCCCUAGAGGAGGGAAAGGAAAACAUGGUCGCGACCCUCAAGAUGCUUGCACGAGACGUCCAACACUACAACCUCGUUCCAAUGCUGAUCGCUGUGGCCAAAGAGGAUCCAGAUCUCCUCAGAGGUAUCGUGGCCGCCAUGAAGGAAGCUAGCGACAACCUCAUGUCGGACAAGAACAGCAUUGCGAGGGCGUCGGAAGAGGACGAGCGUUUUGCUGAUGAUGAGGCUCGCGGCGUGCUCCUCUUUUACCGAGGUUUUGUGGCGUAUACGUGUCAAUUCUCACCUUGUGACGCCGAGUCUGUCAACGAGGCUCUGCGGCUGUGGUGGGAGGUGCGCGAUGUGCUUGCCAGCCUCGGCGGGAGCAAUGCCCUGGUGACACGACAACAGGCCACCACGGCGCUGGCGAACCACUACUUCCAGAUCAUCAUGGAUGGGUUGUCGCUGGACCACAGCGAUGCCCUGACCAUGCUGACCAAGCUUGCCGACUUAGAACCCGACCGCAACUUUUACCUUAGUGACUCUGUUGGCUUUUUAGCAGUCGUGUCCGUGCUGUGCGACAACAGAGAGGCUGCCAGAGCUCGGCUGAGGCCGAGGAUGAGGCAGGCGCUGCAGAUUCUCUACGAUGACAUACCUGAGAACGACGUGUACGGGCUCGCCCUUGCCCAGGAAGCGCUGGAGCAUUAUCAAGACUUCAAAAAUGCGGCUGUAGCUCUGUCUCUGUAUGGACAGCCAGACUGCGUGACGGAAGCGCUAUGCUUUGAGGCCGGGGAUAUCACGGAUGUCGACGGCAAGACUAGACAGCGAGUGCUAGACAAGGUCUCUGAGCUGGCUGCAGAUAUACUCUGUGAUGUCAAAUUGCGAAUUCCAGACUCGAGCCUGCAGUUACAGCGCGCCGAAGCCGCUGCAGCUUAUAUCGAGACUCUUGUAGCUGCUGGUGAAGCCGAAACGAUGGAGACCAAAGUCGAAGCCGACGCCGAUGCCAAAGACGGGGAAGCGAGCGUUCAUGACGUCGCAGUCGCAUAUUCGCAGUGCCUUCAAAUACUCCAGGCUCGCAUUUCGGUCCUCCGGGCGGAGCUCAGCACUCGAAACAAUUUCUCACCAUUCAACUGUGACGGUCUGAUGCCGAACGGUAACCCCUGUGAGAAGCGGGCCGGCCUCAAGGGGAACUUUUACCACUGCAUCUACUGCUCGAACAAGGACUUUUGCGACGAUUGUCUCAAAGAGCUUCUCAAUCCUCGAUCACGCGUCAAGAACAUGGUGUGCAGCGCAGAGCACAAGUGGAUGCUCAUCCCAUCCCCCUGUGACGACUUCUAUGUGGGCAGCAAAGCCAAGACCGUGCGGCUGUCGAUAGACUUGAGAGAGUCGAAGGACGAUAAUAGGAUACUGGAGGUGUUUCGUACUGACGACAGAGACACAGAGGAGAUUACGGUAGAGGCGUGGAAGGAGAGGUUAGCCGCUGAAUGGGGGAUUUCGCUAAAGGGGUUCCUGAACGAGACGUCGAGUGAGGCGAGUGAGAGGAGUGAGGAUGGGUAG